AUGACGUUAGAUCCUAACGACGCCGGCGAUAAAAUGCCGGCCAGGGAGGAGGCUUCUGUCAAAGUUCCGGCCAAGUAUCACAAGAAGAAGGAUAAGAAAGAUGAAUAUCUCUCGGAGGAAGAUUUUGAAUUGAAGCAGCAACUGGAAUUAUAUGUCGAGCAUGUGCAGGACGCGGACCUAUCAUUGCAGACUCGCGCCCUUGAGAGCAUAAGGCAGGAAAUUCAGACGGCAACAAGGUCUAUGGCAUCUGUUCCAAAGCCAGUAAAGUUUUUGCGUCCUCAUUAUGGAACACUGAAGUCACAUUAUGAGAAAAUGUCUGAUUCUGAUGCAAAGGAAUUAAUGGCUGACAUACUUUCGGUGUUGGCGAUGACAAUGUCUGCUGAAGGAGAAAGGGAGAGUUUGAAGUACAGACUACUUGGAUCUUAUGGUGACAUUGGACCUUGGGGCCAUGAGUAUGUAAGGAAUUUGGCUGUAGAGCUUGCCCAAGAAUAUUUGCAGAUUGAAGUGGAUACCCCAAUUAAUGAUCUCAUGUACCUCAAGCGGCAAAUUGUUGCAUUCCACAUGAAGCAUAAUGCGGAACCUGAAGCAGUUGAUCUUUUAAUAGAGGGUAUGAUCAUGCUUUGGGAUGUUGAAAUUGGGCUCGCACAAAUUGAUAAGUAUUUCCAUAGUACUGACACACAUGUAGUUGCGGGUGCUCUAUUGGCAGUGGGAAUUGUUAAUUGUAAUGUCAAGAAUAAACGUGAUCCUGCAUUAGCUAUUCUUACAGAGUAUGUAGUUAAAGAAGAGCCUUGUAUUAGAGUUGGUGCCAUAAUUGGUUUGGGACUGGCUUAUGCAGGUUCUCAACGUUACCAGGUUUUUGAACAACUUCGUCCAAUACUUGAAGAAGAUACAAAUGCAUCACUUGAUGUGAUUGCAUUUACUGUAAUCACAUUGGGGUUGGUAUUUGUGGGGUCAUGCAAAGAAGAUAUUGCCCGGGCUAUUAGAUUUUCCUUGAAGAAUAGAAGUGAGUCAGAAUUAGGAGAGCCACUUGCCCGUCUCUUACCUCUUGGUCUUGGUCUUCUUUACCUAGGGAAGCAGGAUAUAGUGGGUGACGUAGCUGCUGAGGUUUCAAGGACAUUCAGUGAGAAGAUCAAAAGACACUGUGAUAUGACCCUGCUUUCUUGUGCCUAUGCUGGAACAGGGAAUAUAAACAGGUUCCGAGACUUCGCUGGUGAAUGCGCUGAGGAUCUGGAGAAGGGUGAAACCUACCCGGGACCAGCAGUGCUUGGAAUUGCUAUGGUGGAAAUGACUAAAGAGCUGGAGGUUGAAAGGGCUCUACGAGCACUGAAACAUUUUCCGGAGUAUGGUCAGCGGAAUAUUAGAAGGGCUGUUCCUUUGGCUAUGGGCCUCCUUCGUAUAUCAAAUCCAAAGGUCAAUGUCACAAACACAUUAAGCAGACUUAUUCAUGAUUCUGACACGGAAGUAGCUAUGGCUGCCAUUAUCUCCUUGGGGUUGAUAGGUGCAGGAACUAACAAUGCAAGAAUAGUUGGGAUGCUUCACGAUUUGUCAAGUUACUAUUACAAGGAAUCAGACCUUCUCUUCUGUGUUCGGAUUGCUCAAGGUCUAGUCAAUUUAGGAAAAGGGCUGUUAACUCUCUCACCUUAUCAUUCUGAGAGGUUUUUAUUCUCUCAGACUGCUUUGGCUGGACUUCUAGUUACACUGCAUGCUUGUCUUGAUAUGAAAGCUCUCAUAUUGGGGGAAUACCAUUAUUUGUUGUAUUUCCUUAGUUUGGCAAUGAUGCCAAGGAUGCUAAUGACAGUGGACGAGAAUUUGAAACCUUUGUCAGUACCAGUCCGUGUGGGCCAAGCAGUCCACGUUGCUUAUCAACCAGGUCGACCUAAGGCAAUCAUUGGAUUCCGGACCUACUCAACACCUGUUCUCCUUUCUGCUGGUGAUAAAGCUGAACUGGCUACUGACAAAUAUAUUCCACUUUCACCCUUUCUUGAAGGAUUUGUCAUAUUGAAGGAAAACCCAGAAUACAAAGACGAUCAUUAGUCUCUACAACGGGGAUACAUUCAUUCCAGGUCUUCUCUACUUGAAAGACUACAUAGUUUUCAUUCUUUUGUCAGAGGUGUAGGUGAUUAAGGUUUCGCCUACCUUAGGUUCUUGCUUCGAUAUAUCCCUUUCUGCUAACCAUUGAUUCUUCUACGUUUUCCAUAUGAAAAGCCGCAUCCUAAAUUUUCCGCGUGAUCUGUCUUACAUAUUGUGAUGAUUCUUUAGUUCAAAAUACAGCAUGGGGUUUCUGCCAACUCGUCUUCCAUUUCAUUGUAAAUAGAAUUCAUAGCGAAAACUUCUCUCUACCUUUUACAACUCGUCUUCCAUUUCAUUGUAAAUAGAAUUCAUAGCGAAAACUUCUCUUUACCUUUUACAAACAAGCUAUCAGUUUGUGGCUAUGCAUGAUUUCAUUUCAUUCGUAUGUUUAUCCCUUUUUCAUCUCACUUUAAGGUUUAUUUCAGCAUUCCUAAAUAAUGCUAGAACGACAGAGGUAAUUCUCCUAAAAAAUCACAGUAAUAAUUGAUUAUGGAAACGAGAAGCAUAAAAAUAAAGACAGAUAAAUUUAUGAUUCUGACAACAAUAAUCAUAAGACAUAUUGUUUGAAAAAUAUGAUACACACAUUGAACCAACGUGAUAAAAA